AAAAUGGGAAGUCAACAAGCAGCGAUUUCGUUCCUUUCCAAUCUAGCGAAGGCGGCUUUCGGUCUUGGAACGGCGACGACGGUGCUGAACACGUCGCUAUACACCGUUGACGGCGGAGAGAGAGCUGUGAUCUUCGAUCGAUUCAGGGGAGUGAUGGAUCAGACUGUGGGCGAAGGGACUCAUUUCCUUAUCCCGAUUCUGCAGAAGCCUCACAUCUUCGACAUCCGCACAAAGCCUCACACGUUCUCUUCGAUCUCCGGUACGAAGGAUCUUCAGAUGGUCAAUCUCACCCUCCGUGUUCUCUCUCGCCCUGAGGUUUUGCGUCUUCCAUACAUAUUCCAAACUCUGGGUCUAGAGUACGACGAGAAGGUUCUUCCUUCUAUUGGAAACGAGGUUUUAAAAGCCGUGGUUGCACAGUUCAACGCUGACCAGCUUCUCACAGAGCGUCCUCACGUCUCAGCGCUUGUUCGUGAAUCGCUAAUCAAACGUGCCAAAGACUUCAACAUUGUGCUCGACGAUGUCGCCAUCACGCACUUGUCUUACGGUUAUGAGUUCUCAAAGGCUGUCGAGCAGAAACAGGUGGCGCAACAGGAGGCAGAGAGGUCUAAGUUUGUGGUGAUGAAGGCUGAUCAAGAGAGGAGAGCCGCGGUUAUAAGAGCUGAAGGUGAGAGUGAAGCUGCACAGUUGAUCUCUGACGCUACGGCUAAAGCUGGUAUGGGACUUAUCGAGCUUAGAAGGAUUGAAGCUUCGAGAGAGGUUGCAGCUACGCUUGCUAGAUCUCCUAAUGUGGCUUACUUGCCUGGUGGUCAGAGCAUGCUGUUCUCCCUGAACCGUUGAUCUUGAUCAGAAGUGAAUGGUUGUGGGAAACAUCUACGAUAUGUUAGUGAUCAAGUUGUGAAUCUGGAUUUAAUCAAAAUGGUGAAAUGCUCUUUGGUUUUCUGAUAACUGUGAAGGGAAAAGAAGAAACUACUUGCUUGGCCAAAAUGCUCUUUGAAUUGUAUUACAUUUACCCUGUUUAAGAUAUGAUCUUAUUUUCAAUAAAUAAACACAAGACAGUCUCCAGAAAACCAAUCUCAGGUAUUCCAUCAAUCUCAAGUUGUGUGGUUACCGUAAAUUAUGAAUGGUCCAAAAUAAAUAAUCAGAUGAUUUAAAAAGUACUUACAUUGUAU